AUGGUAGGACCUAUAAAUGACGAUAUUGGACUUUACCCAAUAUCGACAUCGGCAAACGCAUUAGGUCGAAUCAAAACUGUUAUUCAUCAUGAGUAUUUUGAAUCCUAUCCGACUGUCAAAAGCUGGAUGAAAAAACACACGAAUAAUCCAACACAACGAAUUAAAAAUUAUUUUAUCUCUUAUUUACCUUUUCUCAGUUGGAUUUAUCGAUAUAAUUUAACAUGGUUUUGGGGUGAUCUUAUAGCUGGUUUGACUGUUGGUGCUAUUGUUAUACCGCAAAGUAUGGCCUAUGCUGGCCUGGCAAAAUUGGCUCCACAAUUUGGUUUAUAUAGUUCAUUUGUUGGAGUUGUGAUUUAUUGGUUUUUUGCUACAAGCAAGGUAAAUAAGAUAGAGUCAGAUGUUCAAAUUCUACAGAAAACAAUUCUAGUAUUCAGUACAUCACUACAGAUGUUUCGACAUCAAUUAAUAUAG